AUGAGAAUGAUGCUUCCAGGACUCGUGCGCAGCGCACAAGUGCCGCGCGCGGCUCUCGGGAGAGACGCGGCCAUUGGACAGAGGCGCAACUACCCGCCCACCGGACCGCAGCGGUACAAGAGGGUGACACUGAUCCACGAGCCCCAGUGCACUCCCCCACGAGCCCUCUGCACUACCCCACGAGCCCUCUGCACUCCCCCACGAAACCUCUGCAGCUCACGCCCCCUCCCCACGUUUGUGCGUAAAACCAUACCCACCACACCGCUGUGA